CGCGCCGCGAUUUUUCUCUUGCGUUCGUGAGUACUUGUUGUCAGCUCGUCGUUGAACUCCGAUAAACGCGUACGGUGAAUCUCGGACCGGACUCACUGUCCUUUCCCACGUACCGUUUAUCAGUGCUGCAGCUGAGUCAAGUCGCUGAGUCUCUUCCUGCUCUCACCUCGACUACAGAUUGACUGCAGAAGACGAAUCGUCCAGCUACUAGUAGUACAGCACUGGUGCAGGAUGACACCGGAGCGGCCGGCAUUCUCAACUCUCCCUCACGAACUUGUGGAGGAGAUACUGAUCGCUUGCGUUGCGAAUAACGACGCCCCCAGUGUCGCUGCCAUCGCUGCCACAUCCCGCCGACUCUACUCGAUCGUCUACCACACCUCAGAUCAUCACUUAUGGCGUUCCUUGUUUCUCACUAUGUUCGAUGACCCUAGAGAGCUUGAUCGUCGCCCGGCCUUAGAGCCAGACUGGCAGAAGGAUUUACAAGACCGUGCAUGGGCCAACCGCUUCUUCACGCAGUGUGUUCAGCCGAUACGGACGCAGCAUGCCCGCUCCUCCCAACCCGCAGUCUGUCACAUCCACCCGCCGCCCAUUACAAACCAAUCUGACCACCUUCGAGCCCUGGAAGCCCUCGUAUCGGCCAUACAAAGCGCCUGCCCUGAUCUGAGUCCACGACCUACGGUCUUCCCUGCACACACGCAGACGCAGCUCGCACCGGGCCAGCUGAUCAAUUCAGCGCAACUGCAGACCGAUCUCUCUGGCUUGUGGCCUCGGAACAUCACCCCAUCACGGCCAUCCCUCAACGUUGCCUGGCUCAGACAAACCCUCUCGAACGGUCUACCGGCAUCGCUGACCACACGGAUCUCGCUCGACACUAUCGAGGACGACGAUGACUGGCCUGAGACGCCAGAAGGGCUUGCCGCGGGACAAAUCAUCAGUCACCUCGGUUUCAUCCCUAUUCCAACCGUAGAAUCCGAAGUAGAGCCUCAGGCUGACCCCGUAGCGCCUCCGGCGGCAGGAAGUGAUCUCAUCUCUACCGGAAAAGACAUCGACCUACGCCUUGCUAUCGAGGACAUGACCGUGGACAUGCAGCGCAAACGGGCCCACUGGCACGCCCGCCAGCGCGUAUUCAACUUCGACUACCUCUCCCGACGAAGGCGCUGGGGUCCCUAUCUACCUGUCCACUCCCAGAAGACCCGCUUUGGCUUACCUGUUGGUCCCACUGAAUAUGCGGAGGACAGCGACUCCGAUGACCCAGACUGGGUGCCCGGUACGAACAGACCUCGAGCUGCAAGAGUCCCGCCGGCCAAGCUGCUGCGCCCCGACUGGUCCUGGCUAGCGGCCGCGCGCGUGGUCGCAGAAUCCACACUCCUCGUGGAGCGUCGGGGAGAUGGGUUGGAGAUCAUAGGUGCAUGGGACAACGUCCGCGGGGGAACCUGGUUGCCGUCUAGUGCCGACUGCAGCCCCGUUGAGGGCUCUGAUAAUAACGCCGGUGCCUCGGCCGUUCGUGGCGUUGAAGGCAGAAACGAGAAACCCUUCGAGCGCGACUGGGCGGGGGUGGAAGGCGUUUGGAGACGUCUCGUUUGUUGGCUAGGCUACGACGACCUCGUCUAUCAUCAUCAAAACGGCAAGUAUGACGAUCCCGAGCUCGAAGAAGUUUAUAUCAUCAGCCCUCUCUCUCUGCGCAUCACCGGCUACUCGCCCUCGCCCAUCGCAGCAUACCCCGACCGUCCGACUCUCCAUGUUGAAGGAGAGACAGGUGGUGAGGGAUGGGAUGGCAACGUCUACCUCGGCGUCCACACCGUCCGACGUGUGCACGGAACCGUAAGCGCGCUCGCUGACGGCGGCGUUCGCUGGUCCUUCAACUCGAUGAAUGAAGACAACACGGCCGACCAGUGGGCGUCUGAGCUCGUCCAGCUUGGCGGGGUUGGCUCUGCGAUGGGCGCGCUCGGGAUGUGGACAGGAGCGGACCACGAGGACGACGAUCCCCUCGGAGUUAUCUGGCAAUGGCGCGUUGGUUAA